AUUCAUACAUCAUGGCGACUACCAAGGAAGAUAUGGAUGGAGAGCAGCGCCGAAGACGCAAGCACGGGAUGCUGAAGAUGUACUAUGGACUGGACGAUGAGACCGGGAAGGAGGCCACCACAGACCCCAUCGACAUUGAUGGGGCGCACUUUGACCCCGAUGUUUACCUGGCCCGACUCAUGAGAGAGAAAAGGUUGACAGAGUUGGUGGACCGGGAGGUAGACAUGGUCAAACAAAUCCGUUCCUUGGACAGCGACAUGCAGACGCUUGUCUAUGAGAACUACAACAAGUUCAUCAGUGCGACAGACACGAUAAGGAAGAUGAAAACCGACUUCCGAAAGAUGGAGGAAGAGAUGGAUCGUCUAGCAACCAACAUGGACGCCAUCACCGAUUUCAGCGCCAAGAUCAGCGGUACCCUGCAGGACAGACGAGAGCAGAUCACCAAGCUGAGCAGCGUGCACAUGCUGCUGAAGAAGCUUCAGUUCUUGUUUGAGCUUCCAGCCAGACUAAAGAAGUGCAUCGAGAUGAAGGCCUACAGCCAGGCAGUCAGGUACUACGUAAAAGCCCGAGCUGUGUUGCUUCAGUACCAGCACAUGACUUCGUUCCACGGCAUCCAGCAAGACUGCAACGAGAUUGUUAACGAACUCCGAGCGAUACUGCGGGAACAGUUCACCAACAAAGAGUCGAGUGCCAAGCAGUUAGCAGAGAGCGUGGACCUGUUGCUGCAGUUGAAAGAGCCGCCGGACGAACUCUGCGAUGAAUUCCUCUCACACGCCAAGGAGAAACUGGACGAAGACUUGGCUGAAAUUGCCUCCCAGGUGGAUCCAGCCCAGGUUGGCGCCCAGCAGCCUGAAAGCUCAGCUGAGGUGGAGGGAACCGAGGAGACGAGACCGGCAGAAAAGCUCCUGCGGAGCAUCCCCAUGGACGUCUUGGAGUUCAUCGACAGCAGCUGCAACAGCUUCCUCAGUAACAUCAGUCUCCUGAUUGCCUCGUACAAGGAGCUGUUCGUUGACAGGCAGGCCUCAGAUUCCCAGGAGCAAGAGAAGCUAGUGGAGGUGGCCCAUGCCAAGCUGGCCGAGUUUGUCAACUCACACAUGCAGCAGUACUUUGCCCACGUUGAUGAGAGGAUCAAGACCGAGAAAAGCACAGUGGAGAACUCCCUGCUGGUCCGUGCCCUCGACCGCUUCUACCGACGGCUGCUGGCUACCGACCGCCUCGUCCCCCAGCUCAAGAUCAUCGAGCGUGCCUCGGCAAUCAUUGCUCAGUGCGGCCACGAGAGGGCACUCUUCUACUUUGAUGGCCUCAAGCGUCAUUUUUCAGAGUGUAUGACCGACAUACGGCAAACCCUUUGUGCACCGAGGAUUGCAGGCAAGAAGGAUAAACCAGACAUGGUGGACCUACUCAACACAACAUCCACAUCAGUUGUAGAACAACUCAAAGCCAUUCUGACUAACCUCAAGGCUUUCAUAGCCAGCGACAUCACUUUCUCCCAGACGCCGUACUUCCGGAGUCUGUUCUGUCAAGACGACAUCAGGGAGGGGCUCCUCGUGGCCUUCUUCAGGCACAUGUGCGCAGCGUCCCGCGACCUCUGUGACGGUGUUGGCGAGAAGGGAUCGUCCACCGCUCCGGCUCUCGUACUGGUCCUGUCCAGACUCUUGCUAGACUUUGAAUCGACCACCAUCAGUCAGCUGUUGGUGCUAUGCGACGAGCUGUUCCCCGUCGACAACCGACGGGGCCUGACGCAGACAUCCGUGCUGUGCGCCGAAGCGCAGAGCGCCGCGCAGACUCUCCUGAACCAUUACGUCAAAGUUCAGGGGUUGCAAAUAUCCCAGAUGCUGAGAAAGAGCGUGGAGACGCGGGACUGGCUGAACACCAUAGAGCCCCGCACCGUGCGCGCCGUCAUGAAGCGCGUCGUGGAGGAUGUCACUACUAUCGACAGCCAAGUGGGGGCACUGUACGAGGAAGGGGUCCGCAAAGCGCACAGCAGCGACUCCAGCCGUCGGGCGCUGAGCUACAGCGUGUCGCGGCAGCAGCAGCAACAACAGCGCAUGCAGCGGAGCUACGCGUCCAGUAGCAACUUUGAUACCAGUUUGAUGAGCAACAUUCAGAAGCUGUUCUCGGAGCGCAUCGAGAUCUUCAGCAGCGUGGAGUUCUCCAAGGUGUCCAUCCUGACCGGCAUCGUCAAGAUCAGCCUCAAGACCUUUCUGGAGUGUGUGAGACUGCGAACGUUUGGCCGUUACGGUCUCCAGCAGAUCCAGGUGGACACCCACUACCUUAACCUGUACCUCUGGCGCUUCGUGUCCGACGAAAAAUUGGUUCACUUCUUGCUGGACGAGGUCGUCGGGAGUGCUCUGCAUCGAUGCCUAGAUCCCAUUCUAAUGGAACCAAGUAUCGUAGAGGUCAUCUGUGAUAGAGGUUGAGGGUUCUGUACUCGGGGGCCCAGCUGUUGACUUCCCUCACCUGUGGUAGUCAUCUGAGAUACAGCUGCAGGUUACCAAGGGUUAGUGCGAGCAGAGCCGUACCUGAAUUGGGCAGUGACUCAGACGUGUAUGUUGACCGGCAUCAUUCCGUCUGUACCACAGACUGGGUCAGCAGAAGCUGGUUGCCUGCCAGAAUGCCAUUGGAUGCAUAUUGCUUUGACUGGCUCCCAGCUGAUUUUUAUUGUGUCUCGCUCAGCUAAACAACAUGGCAAUAUGUUUUUGGCACCACAGCUCCAUGAAUCUCUGCCCUCAUCUGGAAAUUUGCCAACUUCCAGUUACAUCUACUCAUUAAAAGAAAAUAUAAAAAUGUAUGCAGGCCUCGACCUUAACACUAGUCAAACGGCGUCGGACGAGUGGCGUGUAUUCGUCAACUUGCCUGAUGGGUAGUAAAGAAAUACUUACUUGUUUGAAAAUGUCCUUUGUCCUAUUCAUAAAGAUGAAUAAAGUAAAUGUGAAAUUGAUUGUAUGGCAUUGCUUAUUAUUGAAUUAUAACAGUCUGAAGGAUUCCACUAUUAAGCUUUCAAAUAGACAGCAAGGCUCCACCGUAACGGUCGAAACAAGCAAACUUGCCCAGCGGGCUAGUCAAAUGUAGAGCUUAAGGUCGAGGUCUGUCGUUAGUCUUCUGCACAGUCCCUGUAAUUUACAGCAUUACAGCAAAGUGCUGCUUUCUAACAAUCUCUACCAUUAUGUCUCUCCAAAUAACUUCACUCACCUGGUCCCUUUUCAUCUUGGAUGGGACCUAGUAAAUCAUUCAAAAAUCCUUCUCUGCAACUUCUUAGAAACCUCUUAGAAAUAGUAUUCUUUUUUACUGGAGAAGAGAAAAGAUAACUGGAGAUGUAACGCGUCACACCUUUAGGGGGUCCAAAUGAGUAAAGUGGAAAUGGAAUUAUGUAUUGUUGAAAAAAAAAAGUGGCAACCAAACUCGUUUGAGUUAAUUUUUUGCAAGUUGGUUUAUCCAACAUUUUCCGAGUAUUUCUGUAUUCCCUUUGGUAUUAUGUAUGCAAAAUUUAUGAUGCGUAUCACCUACAAAAAUGACAUUAUUUGUCUGGUUGCGAAAGUAAUGAAAUGAACAUACUGGAAGUCUAGCAAGUCUGCUGAGAAUGUAACCUAUGUGAAUUACCACAAAGCUGCAGUUGUCUUCAUUUGAUGUAAAGAUUGGGUGUAAAGGAGCAUAUAAUCAUUGUUUGUGCAAAGCACUGUUAUUAAAGUGGUGAUUAAAACUAAUUAA